GCUUAUUAUAAUUAAUUUGAAUUAACAUAAUUCAUAAGUCUAAUUAAGUAAAUAAGGCAAUGAAGGUAAGUCAUUAGCUUUUUUACCAAAGUUCGUCCAAAUGCAUGGACUUCAAAUUUGAUAAUCUCUUUACCAAUCCAUCUAUGAGAGUCUUAAUGCUUAACAAUGUUCUAAUUGUUUCUGAAUUUUAGAUUGGAGGUAGGAAUCAUUAAUUAUUUAAGUGAUUACACUUUUGCAAAGUGCAACUUUAUGAGAUGAUUAAUUAUAUGAUGCUGCCUAUUUUGCUACUUUUUAUAGGAAUAGAGAUGCAUUGAAAAGUUGAUUAAAAUCAGGCUGACCUAUUUGUUCUUUUAGUUUAGGAGCAUUUAUAAUUUAGUAUUCUUUGUCCAAAAUAAGAAUAUUUUGCCUAUUUUGAUUAACAACCAAAAUUGAUUGGAGAAAACGAAUAAUCAAAGUCUUAUUGAUUUUCAUGAAAAUAUUAGUUAUCCUGAUCAUCUUCAGUUGAUAUAAACUGUAGAAGGAUUGAUUUCUUAAUAUUUGAACUAUAUAAGUGGGACAUUAGAUAUUUUAAAAAAGUGAAUGAUGC